UUGUUUAUUUUUUAGCUAAAGAGGAAACCGUACAAAAGAAAAUCGAGACUUUCAUUCUCACAAAUCUUCAAUCUGGUAUUAUCGCAAUUGUUGGUCUCCUUCUUCUGGUGGGCUUUGUCAUUGUGAUUUGUCGUCGGUUGAAAAGUUUCAGAGUAAAACGCCUGUCUUCAAAGACGAGUCAAGUGACCCGGCGUCCUACCAUCAGAAGAACUCAAAUCUAUCACGACAUUGAUGAAACCCUGAUAAUGCACGAACCAGAUGAAAUUAAAAUUGAUAAUACGGCGUCAUACACAUUACUCCAAAAAGAGGCAGACUCUCCAAAGAAUCAAGCUAAUGAUCAGCACAAAGAAAAAGAACAGGUCCAGCAAAAAUCAAAUCCAUCAACAAUGCCGAAAUUACCUGAAGUACCUGAGACUGUCAAACAAAAGGAAACAAUAAUCCAAAAAACAGACGAAUCUAUGGUUCUACAGACAGAACAUGGUAGAAAAGGAUUAAAAAUUGUCAAAGAACAAAUUCAGGGUGAAAUCAAGAAAAAACUGUUGGAGAAAUUUGAAAUGACUAGAUGAGGUGAACAGUCUAUAAACAAUUUUUUUACUACAUGUAUGUUAGUGCACAUUAGAAUUCCAUAUUUUGUUGGAAGAUUUGGUCUCCGAAGACCAUGUUCUUUUUAAUAUCAACUCUAGAGUACUUGUGAGAAGAAUAAACAGAUUGAUUUUCAACGAUGUAAUUUUGCAGAUAAAAGCAGAUAAGCAAUUUCAU